UCCAUUUUAGGCCCACGUUCUUCAUCUCCAAAAUUAUAUUUACGCCGUCUUCGUUUUUCAUCACAGCUUUGCAAGAUUUGAAGCUCAAAUUCAUACGGUAAAACAAUAUUGGAGGAGAAAUAAAUAUUCUCUUCAAGGAUAGAUCCCUCGACCAUUCGUCAAUGGCUUCCAUGUUAGCUCGGAAAUCUCUCCAAGCACUUCGCGCUCAACCGCUGGCUGGAGCAGGACACAUUCUGCAGGGUUCAAAUUAUUAUGGGCUGCGAAUUAGUUCACAUCCAAUGUCCACACUGAAAGAAGACGAGGAAAGAGAGACACUUGCAAAGGAGAUGUCGAAGGAUUGGAGCUCUAUUUUUGAGCGGAGCAUAAAUACAUUAUUUCUGACUGAAAUGGCUCGGGGUAUGUCGCUCACACUCAAGUACUUCUUUGAGAAAAAAGUAACGAUCAAUUAUCCAUUUGAAAAGGGUCCUUUGAGCCCUCGAUUUCGUGGGGAGCAUGCCCUUCGACGUUAUCCAUCCGGAGAGGAGCGUUGCAUUGCAUGUAAGCUCUGUGAAGCGAUUUGUCCAGCACAAGCCAUUACAAUUGAGGCUGAGGAACGAGAAGAUGGCAGCCGUAGGACUACCAGGUAUGACAUUGACAUGACAAAAUGCAUUUACUGUGGAUUCUGCCAAGAGGCAUGCCCUGUUGAUGCUAUCGUUGAAGGACCUAACUUCGAAUUUGCAACGGAAACUCAUGAGGAACUUUUGUACGACAAGGAGAAGCUGCUCGAGAAUGGGGACAGAUGGGAAACUGAGAUUGCAGAGAACCUUAGAUCUGAAAGCUUGUACCGUUGAUCAGUUCAAUAAUCUACGACCCUAUCUAUCCCUAUUUGCUGAUUCAUGAGUAUUCUCCAGUUUGAAAAUAAAGGAGGGAGCGAUCUCAUGGAGUUUUGGUGGUGUUUUUACAUUUUGUUUUGAAGUCCGGAGGAGCUUCAUAAACAUGUUUUUAUAUGUUCUGCUUUUUUGUUACCUCACAUUUAAUGUUGUUGAUUAUUUACCUUAAUAGGGCAAGAAGUGGGCACUCUCAAAUGGU